CACAAGACCACACAGCAGCAUGUUACAGCUCAUUUCAGCGCUUCUUCCUCUGUAGGGCCCUGAACUGAUCGAUCAUGAGGCUUCUACACAUCCUGGGCUUCACCCUCUUGCUCUGCAGCCUGUGUGCGAGGGCACAGGAGGAAUCAGCAGUAGAGGAGGAUAAAGUAGAGGAGAAAGCAGAGGAAAAAGUUGAGGACAGCUCUGAAGAAGACACAGAACCAGAGAAACCAGAGAAGACCGAAGACAUUACGGAAGAGAAAGACGUUUUGGUGCUUCACAGCGUCAACUUUGACCGGGCUCUCAGUGAGAACAAAUACCUGCUUGUGGAAUUUUACGCUCCGUGGUGCGGUCACUGUCGCAGUUUGGAGCCCAUUUACGCAGAAGUGGCUGGAUUACUGAAAAAUGGGUCAUCUGAAGUACGACUGGCCAAAGUGGACGCAGACGAAGAGAAAGAUCUUGCCUCAGAGUUCAGUGUGGGCAAUUUUCCCACUCUUAAAUUCUUCAAAGACGGCAAUAGGCAAAAUGUCACAGAUUUUUCCGGAAAGCGAACAGUAAAAGGAAUCACGAGGUGGCUGGAGAGGCACACGGGGCCCAGCGCUGCUGUCCUCGAUGAUGUGAAGAGCACAGAGGCUCUGCUGGAUGCACACGAUGUGGUUGUGGUUGGAUUCUUUCAGGAUCUGGAAGGAGAUAAGGCAAAGACAUUUUAUGAUGUAACUUUAAUGGCAGUGGACUUUGAUUUCGGCAUCACAAGCAACCCAGAGCUCUUCAAGAAGUAUGAUGUAAAAAGCGACUCAUUGGUGCUUUUUAAGAAGUUUGAUGAAAAGCGUGCAGACAUGCCACUCACCGAGGACAGCAAGCUAGACAAAGGAGAGAUAAUGUCAUUCAUCCAUGCCAACAGCAUGAAACUUGUCAUUACAUUUAAUGAAGAGAAUGCUGAGCAAAUAUUUAGGUCUAAGGUCCGUAAUCACAUGAUUCUAUUCAUUAACACGACUAUGGAAUCCCAAAAUGCAUUGCUAGAAGAUUACAGAGAUGUUGCCAGUGGGUUUAAGGAAAAGGUGCUUUUCAUCACAUUAGAUGUCACGUCUGACAAAUCAGAUCAUGUGCUGAAGUAUUUCAGCGUCUCUGCCAGUGAUGCUCCUAUUAUUCGCCUGAUCAACAUUGACAAAGUGGUGACAUAUGCUAUGGAAGGAUCGACCAUCAACAAAGACACACUGAAAACAUUUUGCCAGGGUGUUCUUGAUGGUACCGUGAAGCCCUUUUUGAAGACUCAAGAUAUUCCAGAGGACUGGGACAAGAAUCCAGUUAAAAUCCUUGUAGGGAAGAACUUCAAUGAAGUGGCUUUUGAUGAGACUAAGAACGUCUUUGUGGAGUUUUACGCUCCAUGGUGUGGUCACUGUCAGCAACUGGCUCCUAUAUGGGAUGAGUUGGGCGAGAAGUACAAAGACCAUGAGAAUAUAAUCGUUGCGAAAAUGGACGCCACAGAAAACGAUGCUGAAGACGUCGCAAUACAGGGAUUUCCAACCAUUAAAUACUUUCCAGCUGGGGCUGAAAAGAAGAUCGUUGAUUACAAUGGAAAUAGAGAUUUGGAGACCUUCUCAAAGUUCCUGGAUAAUGGAGGAGUGUUUCCAGAAGAAGAGAGUAAAGAUGAUGAGGACAAAGACGACGAUGAUGAUGAUGAUGAUGAUGAUGAUGAAGAUGAGGUGUCAGAUGAACCAACAGAGGAGUCACCAAAAUCUACCAAUGAAACCAGCAAAGAUGAGCUUUAAAACAAGGCAAAAAUAAGCUCAUUUGUGAUAAAUAAGAUCAGUGAGACCAAUGAGCCAAAUGUGUUUUAUCAGGUUAAUGUAUUUUUUCUGCACUGGACCAUUUCAACAAACUACACAUGACAAAACUGAAUAAAACAUCCUAACAUUUU